CACAUGUCACGUGACUUGCACACUCUCUCAUCUCCUCUCUCCUCACGCAUGGUUUGAAGUUUCGACUGUGUAAAUUCAUCUCUCUCGUUCCCCUUUUCUACAAUCUCAGCUCAAAACCUACACAAAAAUUUCACCAAAUCCAAUCGAAAUCGAUACAAUCGGAACCAUAAAAUCGAAUCAUGUCUAUCAGAUUCAAAUUCAGAAGCUCCGUCAACUUCGAUACAAUCGAAAUCGACGGUGGUAAACCCUACAUAUCGGUGCGAGAACUCAGAUCUAAAAUUCUAAGCCAAAAUAAGCUAAAAGGCGUAUGUCACAAAGAUUUCGAUCUCGUAUUCUUCGAUAAUCUCACCGGUCAAGAGUAUGAUGAUGAAGAGUUCAGGAUACCUAGCGGCUCCAGUGUGAUCAUAAAGCGGGUUCCAGCAGAGCCUGUGCCUUCAGCUAUGUUAAUACAUCAUAAGCUUGAAGCGAGUGAGCUUAGUGAGGAUGUUCCAAAAGCUAUGGAUCACAAUAAACCAGAAGAAAUAGUUAUAGAGAAGAAUCUCACAACCGAAGACCGUGAACACAUAAAAUUGGAAAAAGUGGCUAGUGCGAAGGGCAUUGAUUUGCAAAAAGUUGACUUACCAUCGGAACUAAGAUGUCCGAUUUGCAUCACAUAUUUCAAGGAGGCUGUUAUGAUACCCUGUUGUCAGCACAGCUUUUGUAAAAAAUGCAUCUGUGAAGUACUUCCACAGACGGCUAGGUGCCCUAAAUGUUCUUCUACCAAGUACAGGGUUGAGCACUUGCUACCGAACUUAUCCCUUAGGCAUGCCAUUGAGCAUUUUCUUGAAUCUCAGAUUCUUGACGCUGCUCCCGAAACCAAUCUGCAGAAAUAUGUCCCAGAUGGAGAAUCUGGUAUUCAGGGGAAAGAGGUUUCCACUGUCACUAAAAGGAAACUGGACAUGAUUUAUUCUACAUCCGCAAUGGAUAAAGGAUCGAAUCAGAAUAUGGCAGAUUCUGUUUAUGAAUCGCUAAAUAGGAAAAACGUUUUCUUGGAGGGUACAAGAUUUGAUACUGGUAAAUCAUGUGCAAUUGACCUCCUGAACUCUAGUCGUUUACUUAAAGAUAGUAAUGGAGGUAGAGAUAACGAUUUGACACGUUCUGUGGAUUCUCAAGGUGAAAACCAGCCUGUUAUGCCUCAAGUUUGCAUGCCUGAUGAAGCUGACUCCACCAGCAGGAAAAAGGGACCGUGGGUUAAUUCCGGAGGUGGAGAUCGAAGUUAUGCAGUGGAUAAUCGAAACAAGAAGGCGGUCCGUACUUGUUUCAUGUGUGACUCUCCAGGCCAUUUUAUAAGAGACUGCCCUAUGGCUUCUGCUCAAUGCCCAAUGUUUAACACAGGAGAUCAUAUGUUUCAAGGAGGCAUGCCUGGUUAUGCAAUGCCUUACUGGAACCCCGCUGCCUUCCAUCACGUCAAUCCUUACAUGAAUAUGUAUGGAAACCCGGGGAUGGUGCCGUUUAAUGCAGCCACUAUGGUCCCCUCCACACCUUACGGGGUUCCACCUUAUGCCCCAUCUACUUAUGGCAGCUUACCUGUUCCUAGUGGAAUUACAAGGAUGGGAGGCCUGGCACCGAGAGCGGAACAACCCCUUAGACAUUGGGAGAAUUUUGAGCAUGAAAACAGUGAUAACCGUGUAAAAUAUUCCCAUGAAAAGAGACAACGGUCUUCUGAUUAUGAAGAUAACGGCCUCCAUAACCGCCAUGACUACUAUGAGCCAGAAAGAUCGUCUAAACAUAAAUCUCAUAGAGAUAGGGGAAAGGCUCUGAGUACAUCAGAGGAUAGCCAUGAGCGGCGGCUGCAAAAGAACCAUCAAAGUUUGAGAUCUGGUCACACAAGAUACGAAAAACGGUCUCACGGAUCGUAUCAUAGUCAUACAGAUAGAUCCACUUCGGGAGUAGAGGACGUGCAUAGCGGCGACUAUAGGUAUGACGAAGGGAGGCAUAAAAAGUAUCAUGAAAGUUCUAGAAGGCGUCAUACCAGCAGCAGGGAACAGUCAGACAGUGAUUCUAGUUGUAGCCGUCAUCAAACAAAAGAAGGGAAACUUGCUAAAAGGAGACGGAUGGAUGAUAGGGACAAAAAGAAGCCCGUUGAUGAUGAGUUGUAUGAUCAUCACAAAAGGAGGUAAAGAAGGCGGUAGAACAACAAACUGGUAAAUAUGUUUUGUAUCAACUUGGUUUUGGUAAGUAGUUAUUAUAGUCUAUAAUCUUAUAUUAUAGUUUAUACAACUAUAUAAACGGUUAGUUGUGUCGACCAAUAUAACUAUCUAGACAGAGGAGGCACAUUUAGCUUUAAUCUUGUUUUGUUUUGGUUUGCUUUUCUUUGUUGGUACAGAUAGUGAUGUCAGCUGUUGGAUAUUAAAGUCAUCACUGGCUUUUUUUAACUUUUUGUUAA